GUCGGCCGUGUCUCUGGCCACAGAGAAGUUUGGGAAGCUGGACCUCGCGGUGAACUGUGCCGGCAUCGCUGUCGCAGUGAAAACGUACAACUUCAACAAGAAGACCGCACACAACCUGAAGGACUUCCAGCGCGUGAUCAAUGUGAACAUUGGAGGAACCUUUAAUGUGAUCCGUCUGGCGGUGGGGGAGAUGGGGAAGAACGAGCCUGAUGCCGAUGGACACCGAGGCUGCAUCAUCAACACAGCCAGCGUGGCAGCCUUUGACGGACAGGUGACGUCGGAGGAAGAGGUGCAGUCGGCCGUGUCUCUGGCCACAGAGAAGUUUGGGAAGCUGGACCUCGCGGUGAACUGUGCCGGCAUCGCUGUCGCCAUGAAAACGUACAACUUCAACAAGAAGACCGCACACAGCCUGAAGGACUUCCAGCGCGUGAUCAAUGUGAACAUUGGAGGAACCUUUAAUGUGAUCCGUCUGGCGGUGGGGGAGAUGGGGAAGAACGAGCCUGAUGCCGAUGGACACCGAGGCUGCAUCAUCAACACAGCCAGUGUGGCAGCCUUUGACGGACAGGUCGGCCAAGCAGCAUAUUCAGCUUCUAAAGGCGGCAUCGUUGGAAUGACCCUCCCCAUCGCACGAGAUCUGGCCCCCAUGGGCAUCAGAGUCAUCACCAUAGCACCCGGUCUGUUUUCCACGCCCCUCCUGGCCGGUCUUCCAGAGAAGGUGCGCUCCUUCCUCGCACGCCAGGUGCCCUUCCCCCCCCGCCUGGGAGACCCCGCUGAGUUUGCCCACCUGGUGACGUCCCUGGCGGAGAACCCAAUGAUCAACGGCGAGGUGAUCAUGCUGGACGGAGCCAUCCGCAUGCAGCCCUGAGAUCAGGAGAACAUUAUUACGUCCGAGUGUCAUUGUGUGUUUCUGCCUCGUGCAAUUCUGUUGUAGAAAGCUUUCUAUAGGACAUAUAAACUGAAUGAACAACUCAUUUCUAUCAUUUUUGCGUGUAAAAAUGUGUGUAAUACAUGUCUGUACAUCAUUCACCUCAAUGCAGUACUUUAUGAACUUUGGUUGUUUUGUAAACUAAUCGAGAUAAUAAAAAAACCUCAGAUGGGUUUGAUCUAA